AUGGGUCGCCGAAAACUUCCAUCGAUCCCACCUAACUCGUCGGCGUUCCCACCGCCAGCUUCGACCUCCAUCAAUGUCGUCAAUCACACAUCAAUGCCUUCCACGUCUUCUGCAACAGUUCCAACAUUUGUGGACGACUACAACGUCACAUUACCUUCCGAUCCAAUAGUCGCUGAAUCGUUAUUGAAGGGUGGAUCUCUGACUAGAAGGCAUCAUCAGCAGCAACAGCAUCAAGCUCCAGUAUAUAUAACAUCAUCUGCCAGUCGACCUCCAUCUGCCGCUGGUAGCAACAUUUUCCAAGAGAGUCGACCUACGUCUUCUCUUUCGAUGUACCAAAACGAUGUUAUUUUGUCAAGACCUGGAUCAGCUACUAGUAACUACACUACAGCUUCCACCAUCAAUCCAACGAUUCUUGCUGGGGCUUCAUAUUCUUCCAAGCCUUCAAGCCACAUACGACAGCCAGUAUCAGUUCGUCCAACUGGAGUACAGACUGGAACAUUGACAUCCGUUUCCGGCUCUGUUGCGAACACAAUUCGAUCUUCAAUCGGAAGUUCUUCAGUCACUGCCCGAGUUCCUAACACAUUGGCUCGUGUUCUGCUGAAAAAGGAAUUGAAGGAUGUUCUGAAUCAAAGAAAGCAACGUCUGGAAGCCACUGAAAUCGAAGCAAAUCAUCGUCAUUAUAAGGUUCAGAAGAUGCUGGUCACUGGACUUCUCCCGGAGAAAACAGAUGAUGACAUUCCAAAUGUAGUCAAAUGCGAUCUUCCUGCCGACCUAGUCAGAGGAGUCCACAUUUCUAUGCAACCUCCAUCACCAGCUGCAUCAGCAUUCUCUCCAAGAAGAUAUCAUCCAACUCCAUCUAAAAAAACUACAGUACUCUCUUCUCAACCGUCUCCAUACAAACAACACCUAUCGAAGAGUAUUGCGUGUCAAGCAGACGAAACUCCACCAGUCAAACCGAUGAUAUCUUUACGAACUCAGUUAGAUAUGGAAAGAAGACCUCAGCUAAUGACCUAUGUUGGAAAAAGAAGUGCAGAGACUCAGACGGAAAUGACCAAUUACGAAACAAUUACACCCACGGUUCGUUAUGGUUCAAUGCCAAGAAGUAGUCGUGAGAGAUCUGCAUCUCGACGUUAUCGCGAGCAACAACAGCAAAUCUUCAAUCAGAUGCCUCAAAAUCACAAUGAUUUGCUGGAGAUCACCAAGAAGUACUUCGAAGACUACGAUCGUCAACUUCGAGAAUUCGGAGAGCGUGCCAGAAGACAUUCGCGACGUCGCUUCGAUUUCCACGAUGACGAUGAUCAGGAUGGAAUGAGGAAGAAUCAAGUGAUGAAUGAGUUGGCUCGAAGAAAAGAGAGAAUGUGCGCCAGUUGUGAAGUUCUUUCAUCUACUGAUCCAAUUGGAACUGCUCUCAAUCCAAAUGUUCCAAUGUCAUCGGACUACAGUAGUCACAUUCCUCAUUAUGGAUCUCUUCCCAGAAUUGACUAUCCACGUGGCACGAGGACAGAUGUGCGAGAUUUCACCUAUCGUCAGCAGCAUCUUCCUCAACAACUACCGAUGAACUAUGCAUAUAACUAUGGAUCAUUGCCACGAAACUUUGAACGAUAUACCAGUGGCCUUCCUCCAAUCGAAAUUGAGAACGAACAGUCGUUUGGAGCACCGCCACGUCAUCGAUCAAAUUUGGGGUACGAGUCGACUUCCAUGUUCAAUCUAUCGGAUCCUGCUUAUUUGGGAUAUGACAACAUUCCAACGAUUCCACAACAACCACGAGUCUACGAUCAAAUUCCUAGUGGCUAUGCUCAGGACACUACCAAUCUGAACAAUAUGAAUCAAGGAAUCCGUGGAGGCGACAUGGUUAGCCAAUAUGCAAGUUAUCUCAAUUCUCAAUUCCAAUCCGGUCUCCAACAAUCUGCUCAACUCCCACAGCCGAUGAUGCCGAUCACAAGAUACGAUGCUCCUAUGUCAGAUCCAUACAUGUCUAGUCGAUUGCGUCAAGUCGAUCCACUGACUCAAGCAUACAAUCCAAAUCCAUACCAUCAUCACAUGACUCUGCUGGCUCCAAAACCUGCAACAAUGACUCAUGUGGCUCCCACCUACAACCAGUUGGCCCAACAGCAACUUGCAAUGCAGAACAACCAAAUAGAUCCCUUGAUGAUGCCAUCCAGAAUACCAUCUGCUACAUCUCAAGCCUAUUCUCGAAAUGAGAUGAACUACGGAAGUCGUCCGCCUCAAAGCACUCUCUUCGAAUACGGCAACCAACGACAAUAUGGUCCAUCGGUUUCUGCACCAACUUAUGAUGUUCCAAAUGUGUCGAAUCCCACGGAUUGGAGAGGAUCAAUGCAUCAAAUGGCAAUGCCUAUGCAACAACAACAACAGCAACAACAGCAACAACAACAGCAACCAUAUACAUUCGAUGCUCGUUGGCCAAAGGAAGAUGCUCUAUCAAGGAUGUAUGCAACUGCUUCACGAAGACGGGCUCAAGAAACCGCUCUUACCUCAUCUUCAAAUAAGAUAAGCACCGGCUCUCGCAGCUAUGCACGUCGCCCUAUCCGUCCAUCGUCUUAUCGUAAUCCACAGAUGAGCAACUCGAUGCCAGAUCGCCACAUGGCAAGAAGAACUGCUGAAGGGGCUAGAUAUGAUGUGAAAAGGAUAUUAUUGACGAGGAGUUAUAAGCAUCAUAAUAUCUAUAACGAUCUGGGAGUUCGUGUUGUUGGUGGAAAACGGCAAAAGAACGGAGAGCUGAGUGCAUACGUGUCUCAACUUCACAGCACAUCUAACAACCAGACGUUAGGACAAAUAAAAAUAGGCGACGAGGUCGUUGAAUGGAACGGCAUUCUACUUCGUGGAAAGACGUUUGAAGAGGUGGAACGAAUUGUGAAUAAGAGCCACGGAGAGAUCGAAAUGGUCAUCCGAACAGAGAAAAAUUCGUCCGGAUGCUACGACACGCUUCCUCUGAAUCGGAACACUUUGAGAGAUGACUUGUCACCUGAUCGUGUCCCACCAGUUCCAAUGCAUCGUAUCAAUGGAAUCAAUAAUAACAGUGUCCUCCAUCAUCAUACUCUUUCUGACUCUUCAUGUCAUGGUCAUAUUCAAGUAUCUCUGGGAUACGAUGGAAAUGCUCGUCUGGUGGCAAAAAUCAUCAGAGCCAGAGGACUGAAGUCUAGAGAUCAAUCACGAAGUGCUCCAAAUCCAUUUGUCAAAGUGUAUCUUCUACCCGGUAGAAAAGUAUCACACAAAAGAAGAACUCGAUUCGUGGACUCAUCGUGUGCUCCAGAAUGGAAUCAAGUACUUGAAUACCAAGUUGCUCCACACACUCUAAACACAAUGUUCUUGGAAUUCACAGUCUGCGACUAUCAACGAGAUGUCGAUGACCUCCCAUUGGGAAGUGUUCAGAUACCACUAGCAGAUAAAUCAGCAAUUAACACCGGUCCUCGUUGGUAUCCUCUUCAAGGAUCAACCGAUGUUCAAACGGCUCAUCAGUAUCAUUCAAUGAAUGGAACAUCACACGUUCCAUCCAUUGCCGCUGCUUCUACUUAUGCUCCAUCUUCAAGUCAUCUACAUAAUCACAAUUAUUCUGAAGUGCCUCCAUCGAUAUUAUACCCGAAAGGAGGUAUCAACGCACGUCAUCAGGACAAACCAGUCCGGCACGCCACUUUCAACUAUAAUCCAGUUUCACUCGACAUAGGAUAUCCUGCAAUUAACUGA